ACCACCCAUUCCAGCCAAAAUAUCAGCUUUUAUAUUACCAAAAAUCUGUUGGUCCGAGAGAAAGAAGGUCGGUUCCCUUUAACCAAGAUCUUGAGUUCACGAUUAAAUGGAGAAACAAGUGCUAGAAGAGCUUCCUUUUAUGGGGUCCAACGCGGCUCAAUUUCAGAUUAGUCGAAACCCAAUGUGGUUAUUGGAUACUGGGAGAGCCACAACAGCACUUCUGAAUCUUUCAACAGUGCCUUCUUCCCAGAGCCAACAACCUACCUCCAAAAAGAGAGCGGGCACCAAGCAAUGUGCCUUUGAUGCCCUGGCUGGAGGUGGUGGUGUAGCACUUGCUGAAGGGCUUCUUGGAAUAGGGCCUAGUCCAAACACCUUCAAUUAUGCCGAGUUGAGAGCUGCAACAGAUAACUUCAGUCCCUCAAAUAAGUUAGGAGAAGGGGGAUUUGGUCCAGUAUACAAGGGUAAACUUUCUGAUGGGCGUGUAGUAGCUGUGAAGCGGCUUUUAGUAGCAUCUCACCAAGGGAAGAGUCAAUUUGUUACUGAGGUUGCUACCAUAUCAGUGGUGCAACGUCGCAACCUUGUUCAACUGUACGGAUGCUGCAUCGAAGGAGACAGACGCCUCCUUGUUUAUGAGUAUCUUGAGAACAAAAGCCUUGACCAAGCACUCUUUGAGUAUGCAAUGCGUGGCCACCUCACUAAGAAGGCAGAUGUUUUUGGCUUUGGUGUUGUUGCUUUGGAAAUCACUAUGUAUGAAAACAACCAAUGUCUUGGUCUGGUGGAUCCAACCCUAGUUGAGUUCGAUGACAAUGAAGCUUUAAGAAUGAUAAGAGUGGGACUCCUGUGCACGCAAGCAUCACCAACGAUGCGACCACCCAUGUCAAGGGUUAUAGCUAUGCUUGUUGGGGAUAUCGAAGUGAGCCCUGUUACAUCAAAACCAAGUUAUUUAAUUGACUGGGAUUUUGAGGACAUAACAGCCAGCAUCAAGGCUGAAAACACACCAUCAACUAGAGCACAAUAUCGAAAGGUUAAUACCAAAAAAUUAGCUUCUAUAUUUGCAACCGACUCCAAGUCAAUCUUAAUAGUCGAAAUAGCACCCCAUGACUCCAAUCCACAAAGCCACAACAGCACUUCUGAAUCUUUCAACAGUGCCUUCUUCCCAGAUCAACAACCUACCUCCAAAAAGAGAGCGAGCACCAAACAAUGUGCCUCUGAUGCUCUUGCUGGAGGUGGUGGUGUAGCACUUGCUGAAGGUGGACUGGUGGAGCUGUGGCUUCCAAGUUCUGUAGCACUAUAUGGAGCUAAGGGCUGAAGAGAGGAAGCUCAAUGAUUGCCUCUUACGGAUUUUUGAGUUGUGUACAAUGUUUUAAGAACGGACCGGUACUUAACCCAUUCUGGGUAUUGGGUUUGGUUUAAUUGGUUAAAUCAAUUCAACCAAUUAAU